GUCCCUCAGUGCCACAUCUCUAUGGUUCUUGAAUACCUCUGGAAACGGUGACCACCACCUCCCUGAGCAGCUGUACCAAUGCAUUACGUCUUUCAGACAAGAAAAUGUACCUAAUAUCCAACCUGAACCUCCCCUGGUGCAUCUUCAGGCCAUUACCUCUCGUCCUAUCGCUGUUAGCUGAGAGCAGAGGCCGACCCCCACCUCAGCACAGUCUCCUCUCAGACAGUUGUAAACAGCACUGAGGUCUCCCUGAGCCUCUUCUCCACACCGAACAACUCCAGCUCCCUCAGCUGCUCCCAUCACACUUGUGCUCCAGACCCCUCAUAGCUCCUGCUGACACAACCAGGGUGCCGCUGGCUUUCUUGUCCACCUGGGCACACCGCUGGCUCAGCUAGCACCCCCAAGUCUUCCACUUCCAUGCAGCUUUCUGCCUCUCUGCCCCAAACCUGCAGCGAUGCAUGGGGUUGUUAUGACCAAAAUGCAGGACCUGGCAUUUGGCUGUGCUGAACCUCACAGAGCUGUCCCCAGCCCAGCAAUCCAGCGCAUCCAACUCCCAGCUGCUCUGACAGCGAGGAAGAAGCCCCACCACCAUUGGCCUCUUUCACUCCCAGCACGACGCGGGGGAAGGAAAAACAACAACAAAGAGAGGAGGCAGGGCAAACACAAAGCGCCGCACAAGGCCGGUUUCUAAGGAAAUAUCACCCACUCAAGCGGCUGUUGUUAGCAACCAGCGUACACAGCCAUGACGUUAGCGCAGGCUGAGGGGAAGAGUGAUGAUAUUUCAGGUUGAUAAUGAAGGAGGCAGAAACAAGCCAAAGGGCAGAAAUGCUGUAUGAGCAUCUCAUGGAGCUAUGAUGCUAGAUCAACUGCUCUGCUUAAAGUGACAACUGAUAACAAUGGAGCUGCUGCAGUGGUGAGAAGGGCAUUGGGUGAGCAGUGAGGAACAGCUGGGGGGGUUCACCCCUUGUAUUUCAUUUUGGCCAGGGUUCCUCACGCCGCCCCGGGGUGGGCCCAGCUCUCACUGCCUGUGCGGUCGCUCAGCAACGGACAGCAGUGUUCUCUGGGCAGCGGAGGCCUCCAUGGCGCAGCGCAGCCCCUCCACCUGCUCACAGGACAUCUCCCACUUGCUGAGCGGCACCUUUAAGGACCUGUACACUGGAGAUGUUAUAGGGGCGGACAUAGAGGCGAACUGGCUCAAGUCCCGAGGAGGAGAUGAUGCUUACCACGAGGCCUUUACAGAGGAGCUGGAGAAGCUUGUAGCAGAGUAUAACCGCCGACUGACAGAAGCUGAUAUAGUAGAAGAGAACAUCAUUCAGGCACAGGUUCGAGCAAAAGCUGAAGAAGAAAGGGCCCUAAAUGUGCUUAAAGGAGAUGCUGGGAAAGACUUCCACAAAAUGGGAUUACCAUCAGUGGCAUCUUCUUUUAGGUGGAUUGUGGAUAAUGAACUUCUAAGAAAAAAUCAUUUAACCUGUCCUGAUGAUUACAUCACUGAUAAAGUACCUGUUACUAGAGCACCAAAAGGAAAACCAGAACCUGGCUAUGUCAAGGAGACAUUCAGUUUUAAGCAGCGCAUUUCCUCACACUCAUGUGAACGGAUGUCUGCACACCUCCAGAAAAUAUCUGGUCGUCUACCAAGUGUAUCUUUAUCCACAUUAACUCUACCUUCAACUCCAGACUCUUACCACCAGACCACAAAGACCAGUAAGAAAUCUAGUGCCUCACGGAAGGCAGACUGGAAAGGCAGUAAGUGCAAAGCAGAGAAAGAAGAAGAGCGUGCUUACCUUGCCAAGCUUGAGAAAACACAGAAUUUUCUGAAGAAUCCCCGCUUUUUCCCACCGAAUGCUCUUCAUGGAGGCAAAUCUCUUGUCAUGUCUCAAGGACAGGUGGAACAGAUCAUAAGCAGCAGAGAAGCAGAAUGUGACACAGGUGAUACCUCCUUUGUUCCUGUGUUUCUUGCCAAUCCACCUACUGUUUUGUUCUCUGAUUAUGAAGUUGGCCGUGUUUAUGAGAUAACUGUAGAGCUUCAGAACAUCACUUCAACAUGUCACCGUGUAAGAGUUAUUCCUCCCUCUACUUCAGUGUUUGCCAUUGGGCCAGGAAAAUUUCCAGGAAAGGGAGGAAUGAUUGCUCCUGGGAUGACAUGCCAGUAUACAGUCCAAUUUGCUCCUGAAAGUCUAGCAGAUUAUGAAGAUCAUAUAUUAGUGGAGACUCAAGUAUCAGAACCUCUUCUGAUCCCAGUUCAAGCUAAAAGACCACCUCCAGUGCUAACACUGCCUCAUAUUAUAGACUGUGGUUUCUGCCUUGUUGGAGGAAGAAAAGUAACAGAGUUUUUAUGCAGAAAUGAGGGAUUUAGCACUGGGAAGUUCUGCAUAAUGCCACAGGAAGCCUGGCCACCUCCUAAUUUCAGGGCUGUUGCCACUCUUGGUUCUGUGAUACAGGAUCCAUUCGGGAUCUAUCCUGCUGGUUUUGAGCUAGCUCCAGGGCAGAGUACAACAGUGGAGGUAGUGUUUUUCCCUUCUUUGCCAGAAGUCUCACAACAAACAUACACCAUUGUUUGUGACAACUGCCAGGUCAAUGAUGUUACAGUCACAGGGGUUGGACAGCUGAUAGCUCUGGAGCUUUUGCAUGUUACAGGCGGAGAAAGCAGCCCUGAACCUGGUGAAGUCACUGAUGUAACAGCUCAGCACCUCAUACGAUUUGACCCCCAGAACCCACACACCACCACACAGAAGAACCUGGUUAUAAGAAACUCUACCCACGUAGAACUUCCUUUUUACUGGCAGAUAAUAAAGCCCAAUCUGCAACCAAUAUUGCCAGGAGAAACUGCACAUUCCGUGACACUUGAAUACAACCGAGAGACGGAGUUGGCUUUCUCCCUGAGUCCUGAACAGGGAGUUCUGCUUCCCCACGCUGAUCAUGACUUUACCCUCGCUUACACUCCGCAGGAGCUGAAGAUUUACCACAGUGUGAUACAGCUGGUUCUGAGGGACAUCCCAGAAUCACCUAGUUUAGUAAGGGAGAGAAUGCUCCAAAACAUCUCAGAAUACCCAGCAGAGGAUGUAAUAGCACUGGAUAUAGAAGUGAAAGGAUCCACGGAGCCAUUUCAGCUUCUUCUGGAACCGUACGCCGUUAUCAUCCCUGGAGAAAGCUUUCUUGGUGUAAAUGUCAGAAGAACAUUUAAGAUGUGGAAUAAUAGCAAGUCACUGAUCAAGUAUACAUGGGAGAAUAUCACAGACUGUGCCAUUAUGGAAGUUGAACCUCUUACUGGUGUCAUAGAUAGGAAUAAAUACUGUGAAUUUGAACUGAUGAUUGCUGGAAUCAGACCUGGGUGUGUCAGCCAUAACCUGCAAUGCCAAAUUGAACACUCUGCAGAGCCAGUUGUGCUGCACGUUGAGGCUGCUUUUAAGGGUCCUCUUCUUCAUAUUGGUGUUCCCUCACUCCGCUUAGGUUUGAUUAAGCCAGGUGAGAGUGUGGUAGGAACCUUUGAGAUUCAAAAUCUGUGCCAGCUGCCAGCACGGUGGAGAAUGCAAGAAAGCCAGGUUUGUCUAGCUGAAAGGAAUGAAGAGGUAUCUCCCUUUACCAUUCAGCCAUCUGCUGAAUUAUUACCUCCUUUGGGUACAUGCAGUGUGUCAGUUCAGUACACGUCGUCGCUGUGUCAGCGUCUCCAUACAGUAUUAGAACUAGAGGUAGAAAAUGGAGAAAGGAGUUACCUUCCUGUUUCUGUUGAAGUUCAGACCCCCCAGGCAUGCCUGUUAUCUAGUCAUCUAGUGCUCACUGAAACGUAUACUGGAAUUCCUGUCAAAGCAACAAGCAAACUUUUCAACCAGACACGGCUGCCAGCAAAAUACUCAUGGGGAAAGCUCAUUGGAAGUCAGGCAGCUUUCUGCUCUGCCAUCAUCACUCCAGCCAGUGGCAUUUUAACCCCAAAUGAAGAAAAAGAAUUCUGCAUAGAGCUGACAGCUAACAUCACAGGUGAGCUGAAAGGCCUUGCCCUUUCCUGUAGCAUAGAAGACAUGACUGAACCCCUCCUUCUGAGCAUUUCUGGGGAAGUAAAAGGAUUGCAUGUCACCUACUCAGUGCCCUGUGAAGGUGAAGAUGCCAGUGAUGAAAGAAAAAUGUUACAAAGCCCAAGUGACCUUAUUUUGGACUUUGGAUCUGAGGUUGCACUGAAAGACACAGUGAAACGUCAGCUGAUUCUUACCAAUCACACUGCAAUCAGUGCACUGUUCAGACUAGAAGCUGUGUAUUUUACUGGCUCUUCACCUACUCCAGAGCAAUCUAUCUUGCUCUCAUCGGGCUACCUGGUGAAAAGGAGAGGGCCCACCACGAAACAUGCAGCCAAAAGAGCACAGUCAGAGUUUGCAGCAGCGAUGCUGUCUCAUGGGAAGGGAGUAGCUUUCCAUAUACAACCUUCCUCAGGAACUCUGCAUGCCUUCCAGCGGCUAAUCAUAGAAAUAACAGCCUACAACAACAUGUGGGGAGAGUACAGUGAUGAUCUUGUCUGUAAGGUGGGAGACCUACAGCCUACAUUAAUUCCUAUGCAAAUGACUGUGAAGGGCUGCCCGAUCUUCCUGCAGAUGGCAGGACCACAAACGCAGCAACCCAUAAUCAGGUUUGGCACUCAUGUCUCUGGAGGGUGUCCUGUCUUUCGGAGUGUCCGACUCAACAAUCCAACUCCCUUUGACAUUCGCCUGGACUGGGAAACUUACAACCAAGAGGAAGAUGAUAAAAAGCUGGUGGACCUGCUGAUGUUGUUUGGAGACCCUUUUCCUCCUAAGGACAUGGCAAAAAAUGAGACUACAUCAACUGGUAGCAACUCAGAGAUCGUGUUAGGAUUGGAUCAGCCCCCCAUUCCCUGUGGAAGCAUUCAUCCAGCUUUGCAAACCACAGAUGAGUCUUCAAACACAGAGUGUGAAGAGGAAGGAAUAAUCACUCAAGAACCUACAAUGCAGAAAAUUGUCUCUGUGCUUCUACGGCCUCAUGAAGGGGUUCUUGCUGACAACCCCUACUCCAUCAGUCCAAGACAGAUAGUGGUUCCGGGAGGUGGCAGCAGCUCCGUUUGCAUCUCCUUCACCCCCCAUGUCCUCCCGGAGCCCGUGGCUGAAGUGCGGUGUGAAGGGUUUGUGCUGGGAUUCAUGAGCCUGGAUGACAAGCUUGCAAAGACAGUUCCUGGCAAAGUCCAUCGCAGACAUGGUUACGAUGCUGUACCAUUACGGAUUGACAUGCGAGCUUCUGUAAGGCAAGCUCUGUUAAAAGUGGACAUGGAUCAUGAUGGAGGAAUGGUGUUUUAUUCUAUGGCAAGCGACCUCAUACCUGACCAGCCUCUGUUAGGAGUUUUGACAGCUUCAGUACUGACUCAGAGUCUGAAGCUCACCAAUUGCACUAAGGUUCCUCUGUACUUCAGGCUCCUUCUGUCUGCACCCUUCAGCCUGACCAGCACAGUUCUCAAAACAUCCCACAGCAAGAAGGAAGAAACAGAACAGCAACCACAACUUGUGCUUUACCCACAGCAAAACAUGCUGGUGAAAGUGUCAUUCCACACGACCCUGGAGUUGCUGACGUAUCAGCAUUUGCCAGAUACCCAAAUACUUCCUGGAUUUCAAGUGCUCCAGUUUGAGAGUGGAGAGAGAAAGCUGAAGUUCAGUCAGAAUCUGAUCAUUGAAUAUAGUAACCACAGCACCCAGCUGGUCCCAGUGACUGCAUACCUCACUGUUCCAGUUCUGGAGCUGUCUUGCAACAUGGUUGAUUUCAAGACCUGCUUUGUUGCACAGACCAAGACUAAACAUGUCUUCCUGUGUAACAGGAGUGGCUGUAGAAUUUACUGGACUGCUUUGCUAGAUCAACAAGAAAGACACAGUGACCUGGAAGUGUUUUCUGUCUCCCCUGCUAAUGGCAUCCUGAAGGCACGUGAAGGGGAGCAACCUACCAAAGACAUGUUGCAGAUCACCUUUACUGCAAGGAGUGACAUUGAAUAUGAAACAAUCCUGACAGUUACUGGGAUCCUGGGAGAGAAACCUUGCAAGCUACAGAUCAGGGGACAAGGAACAUAUGAUGGGAAGUAUGAAGACAUGUAUUGAUUUCAGCAAGACAAUGAGGGACAAAUGUCAAGGUAAAAAAUCAGCUGCAAAAACAGUGUAAGCUGAGCCUGUACUUUCAUUCAUUUCAGCUAUAAUACAUGGACUGAAAUUUUAGCAGAAUAAAAAGUUAUGAGCAGAAAAAUACCCACUAUGGUACUUUGAAAAGUCGUAAUCCUAUCCUGUGCUAUGACUUGUAUAGCUGUGAUAACAGAGCCAGGCUCUGCAAAAUGAUGUUUUAAAUUGCAAGCCAGCCAUGGUAACUGUUAGGCCAAAGCAGUGUUGCACAGCAAAAUAUGCUGCAAAUUACAGUUGAAACUACAGCUUUAAAAAGAUUUUUGUUUUGCCCUUUUUUGGGGGGAGGGAACAUUGUUUGACAAGAAUUAGGGAACAGGACAGCAUUCCUGGGCUGCACUUUUCUCAGCACUUUCCAUGAAUAUGAGCAAAGCCACAGAGCCAAUUUAACUUCCCACAGCCUCCUGUAUGUUUCAUCAUAGAGCCCCUU